AUGUUCAAACUCCCGUUUGGAAAAGAUGGCCUCUUUGACUGCUCUUCCCCUGAAACCGGGAUCUACGUACUGAAUUUCUCUUCCGGAUCACAAAAUCAGGUUACCACCUCAUUCCUCGAAGCAUUUUUGGAUGCCCUUGACAAGGUCGAGCGCGAGAACAAAACCGGUGUUCUAGUAUUCACAAGCUCAAAUCCCAAAUUCUUCAGUAACGGAUUCGAUCUCGACCAUGUGGGUUCGCAUCCUAAAAUUAUGGAAGAAGCUAUGUUUCCACUCCUUGAACGACUUCUCACAUUUCCGUUGCCAACCAUAGCUCUCAUUAACGGCCAUGCGUAUGGGGCUGGUGUCUUCAUUGCUAUGGCGAGUGAUUAUCGCAUUCAGAAUAGCUCACGAGGAUUUCUUUGUCUACCCGAAGUAGACAUGGGCCUCAGGAUUCCUCCGCCUAUUGCCAUGAUGAUUCAGCACAAGAUGUCCGGGUCUCAGGCAUAUCGAACAGCAGUGCUGGAAGGCAAACGAAUGAAAGGAGAAGAGACAUUGAAGCUCGGGAUUGUGGAUGCGCUAGGCGGUCGUCCGGAAUGCAUUGCACUCAUAAAUGAAAGGAACUUGGUCUCAAAAUCGGAGAGUGGAGUCUAUGGUGUCCUUAAAGAGGACGCCCAUAAAAAUAUUUUGGCAGGUUUCAAAGCAGGGUUGCAGCACAAACCGAGAAUGUAG